UUGUCGGUCUGUGCGGAGUGAGGCGCUGUGAGAGGUGUUGGUUGGCCACCUGCAGCGGGGAGUCCGGUCACGAGGCGCCGAGGGAGGCCCUGAGGAACAGCUCAAGGGAUCAUUAUGGACGAAUUAAGUCAGGCAUUGUCCACCAGCUUUACAGUCUCUCAGGAUCUCAACAGCAUUGCCGCUCCACAUCCACGUCUCGCCCAAUACAAACUCAAAUCCAACACACAGGAGCAGGCAGAGCGUCGGCGGAAACUUCUGGAGAACCAAAAAUCGCAGCGACUGAAUUAUGUUAACCAUGCAAGGCGUCUUGCCGAAGAUGACUGGACAGGAGAAGACAGUGAGGAGGAACAAGAGGAGCAUGACGAAAUGGAAGUUGAGGUGGCAAAGAAGAAACUUCCCAAACGCUACGCAAACCAGUUGAUGCUUUCUGAGUGGCUGGUGGAUGUACCCAGUGACCUGAUUGAAGAAUGGCUGCUGGUGGUCUGUCCUGUUGGCAAGCGGACUCUCAUCAUAGCUUCCAGAGGGAGCACAGCAGCAUAUACGAGAAGUGGUUUCUGCGUAAACAGGUUUCCCUCACUCCUCCCUGGUGGAAAUCGGCACAACUCUGCUACAGGCAAAGAUUACACCAUAUUGGACUGUAUUUAUAGUGAAGUGAACAGAACAUACUUUGUUUUGGAUGUGAUGUGUUGGAGGGGUCACCCAGUCUAUGAUUGUCAGACAGAGUUCAGAUUUUUCUGGCUUCAGUCAAAAUUGGAAGAGGAAGGCAAGAAGCUGGCUGAGAUAGUGUCUCGCAAUCCGUUUAAGUUUGUGGGCCUGCCAAGUUUGCCAUGUACACCAGAAGCCAUUUGCCAGACUUUGGCUGCAGUUUAUCCAUUUGAGGUGUGUGAUCUGAAAUGUGCCUUGCAGGUGGAUGGGUUGCUGUUUUACCACAAGCAGACACACUACACCCCGGGGAGCACGCCGCUAGUUGGCUGGCUGAAACCGUACAUGGUGGCUGACAUCCUUGGAUUGGCUGUCCCGGCCUGCCCUUUGUCCGUGAAGCCCGAAUAUGCCAACUCACAAAUGCAACAGAUAAUCGAGCUGAAAAAGAGCAAGGCCGAGGGGUACAGCACUAACCCGAGCAAGACGGAGACCGCUGGGUUGGGCCGAUAUGAAUUGGAGCAUCUCUCCACUCCCAAAAAAGCUGGAUCAUCGCCCUCUAAAAUGGAAUGCACGAGUAAAAUCAGAAGCUGAGUGACUUGGCUGUAUGGACAGUGACUGUUCCAAGAUGGCAGAUCUCCUGCCGGAAACACUCAAAGGACCAGCGCUUCCUGGUUUAUUUAUUUUAAAAAUAAAAGUUACAUUUGAGCUUUCA